AUGAAGCGUGCGUUGGCACCCGCGGCUCGACUCACAGCGUUGUUGGGUCUGAACGCGCUCGACCUACUGGAUCUGUAUGGCAAGGCUGUCUGGAUCGGGUCCACCGAUUCCUUUUCAUUUAGGGUGGUUCACGAGCAAGGCUUCGCGGUCGAACCGCUUCCAAGGCCAGCGUUUUUGAAUUCGUCUUCGGUUGAAGUGGGUGCUGCGAUAAUUCGGGCAUCUGGAUGGACGUCGUUUUACGACCGAUGCAGCGAGCUGUACGCGCCUAACGAUGGCGAACACUUCGAUAUGGUCAAAGCGACCGACUGUGACCUCCGCGCGCCAUUUUCAUCGUCACCUCACCAUUUUAUUCCUGAGUUGGUGCUAUCGGCUACUCUGAGUGCAGACUCGGUGGCUUGGGCAAGUUGCCAGCUCCUGUUCUCCCAUCGUCGACCUCAGAUCUGUCAAGAAAAAGUCGUUACCCAGUUUCCCGAGCGAUACCAGUGGCAAGUAGACGAGAUGGAACACGAUAAGAUGGCUCCGAUCCAUUCGAUGGCGGAAGCUGAGCUCCUGAAGAUGCUGGACCUGCUCAGUCGUAGUCACCCACUGUCUGAUGUGGUUUGCGCGCAAGGGUUUGAAUCAACUGCUGGUCCCGGGCAUUACACGGCAACUACGUUUGCUUGUGGAAGCCCCAAUGUCUUCGAGAGUGCAUUCGUUGGUGCAUACGCGACUUCGUUUGCGGAGUUUCAUGAAGAUCUGGCGGGGCUAGCGGUUGACAAGCUGAACGUUAUGGGCUUUGAACUGAUAUCGAGGCAAAAUUCACGAUCGCAAUUCGUACUUCGUGAAAAAGAUGGAGAAGUUGUUGUUGUGGAGGAGAAUGCAGUCAAUUUUGUCACAUUCGGGCAUUUGUAUGUGGCUCUGAUCGUUACGGACAUCGUGCUUCUUUUUGCUCACGUGCGCGCUGCAUUUGACACGUCUCGCAUGUUCGGAUGGCGUGCACUCGUUGGAUUCGAAAGCUUGGGCGAUAAUGUUUUCAGUGACUCAAGGUGGUUGCUGCUGUAUCGAUCUUUGUAUCACAGCAGCGCCAUUGUGAUUCUUACGAUAUUCUCAGCUGCCACCUCUUGGUUUGUGAGUUUCCCGCUCGCUUUCAUGUGGUGCAGUAACUCCGAAGGCAGUGCGUAUGCGCUAUUAUCCGCCGUACGAGUGUGGAUGUUCGUGCUUUGCUUGCUUAACGUGUUCUGGGGGUUGUUCGCAAGAUUACGUGAAAGCUUGGCAUACCGGAUUGUCAAAUGCACCUUUGUCACCCCUCUCGAGGUGCUUCUGGCAACUACAUUCGUAGUGAUACUGGAAACAGACGGGCUUUUUGGUAUUGCUGAGCUCAGACGUCAUUACGAAGGUCAACAGAAUAUUGACGGUGCUGCUUUCCCCGGUCGCCUUGCUGUUGCGAACGCAUACAACGAAGAGGUUGAUGGGUUUGCCACUACUUCGCCUGAUAUGCUGCACACACUGCUCUCUCCGUUCUUGAUUGUUGUCACGGAGAGCCUGGCGCUAGUCGUGCUAGUGCUCCUUGCGAAAUCAAUGUACUACCGGCGCUUGCUGCACCUGGAAGAACGAGAAGCAGCGAAUGCAGUCGCAGUUGUUGACAAUAUUGACGAGCACUUGGAUGAUCCGGUACCCGAUCAACCCGCCUCAACGGCACCUCUAUUGAACCGACCACGCGCGAAACUGUACCAUCGGCUACCUCUGGAAGAACUGAUCAGAACGCCUGCCCGGGUGAAUAGCUUGGUGCGCUGUUGCUUCGAUGUUGACGUUAUGGAGGACGACGGUCUCACAUACAUGCUCCCUCAUGUGUACUACGACUUCGGUGUUAUGAUCAGCGACGCUGGGUUCCUUCGCACCCGACGGGGAUUCUCCAACGUGAUUCAUCGGCGUCUCGAUGUGGAGAGAUUUUUUGCACCUACCGACAGUGUAUCCGCCGUCGCGCCGACGCCACUGAAGCGCCAGCGAAAUGAAGUCACGGACAGAGGAGUGAAGUUUGCGUUGGAUAGCGUUCCAUCUCCAGUCGAUUCUGUUGCCGCUGCUCAAGGAAGCCCGUCGCCACCGAGGACGCGGUCGGAGUUUAGAACGAUGCCGUCGGCGAGGUCGAUGCGCAGACGCAAGAGCAUGGAGGAGCUGCUCGACAACUUGUCGCCCAUGUAG